CCACACCGCAUCUUCGUCUAGCAAUUGCGCGCGCACUUCGGAGUCAACUUCACAUAUGCCUCAAAUAUAAGAGAAAAGCAAAGAUCCUUUAAGCUUCGCCCUGCCGUUUACCACCGCGCGUUUCUCCCCUCUUCUCGCCUUUGUCCCCGACCCCCUCCAGCAGCGCUCUGCCCCCCCUCUCCCUCUCUCUCUCUCCACGCUCUCUCUCUCUCUCUCUCUCUCUCCGCCCUUUCGACCUAGCAUUCCGAACGACCAACGACCGAACCAUGUCCGGCGCGGAUUCCCCCGAGAUCCUUGCCGCGUACGACGCGGUGCGGUCGGACAAGGACGAGACCAACUGGCUGCUUAUCUCGUACGUGGGCGAGACGGGCAACAAGCUGGUGCUGAGCAAGACGGGCACGGGCGGGCUGGCCGAGCUGGCGGGCGAGCUGGACGACGGGCAGGUGCAGUACGCGUACGUGCGGGUCGAGUACGCCAACGACGCCGAGAGCAAGCGCAUCAAGUUCGUCCUCAUCGUCUGGAUCGGCCGCAACACCAAGAUCAUGCGCAAGGCCCGCGUCAGCAUCGAGGCCGGCGCCGUCAAGAAGGUGCUCUCCCACUACAGCGUCCAGGUCGACGCCGACGACAAGAGGGACCUCGACACCGACGAGAUCGUCGCCAAGCUGCGCAAGGCCGGCGGCGCCGACUACAACGGCGGCAGGGGGUGAUGUGACGGGGCGGUCUGGGGACCGUGGCGUUCUCGUUUCAGACACGGCUUUUUUUAAUAAUAAUUUGGAUGCUUGGAGGAGGAGAACGGCGGCGGCGGCGGCGGCAGCGGCGGUCAUUGUCAAUGAAGCAUAGCGCGGAUAGAUCAGGUACAUACGGCAGGAGUUAAUCAUUUCUGGGGGUCGUGCUUUGCUUCCCGCAGUUGUAUUUUUUUAUUCUCCCUUUAUUCCUCCUGUUCGCCGGUCCUAUGGUUCCUUUUCCUGCGAACCGCAGCAGCCCUUGGCGAACGGCUGGCUUCCCCAUCACGACACAAACGGAAGCUGUUCGAAGGCCUGAAACCGGAACCUGCCCCCCACGGCGUACAUGUACGAUGAUUGGGUCAGAACCGCGCAAGCUGCCGCUCAAAGCUGUUGGAAUGCUGCGCUUGCGGGUCCUUGAGCAAUCGGCUGGCGAUAAACAAACCGGUGCAUCCGACCGUGACCCCCUCU